AGUGGUGUUUUCGGACACAUGGGGGACGAGGAAAUUGUAGCUGUGAGGGGGCAGAUCGUGCUUUGUCAUCAGCUUCAAGGGCAUGUCCCGAUAGUGCAUUUGGAGACGGGGAUCUGAUUCAUCUUUCUCGCUUCCCGAAGUUUUUGUUGCGUGUUUUCUUAGGGCUUGGGCAAGUGCAGGUAGUUGUAGGUUUCCAACUUGAGCAGUGUGUGAGUAGUAGCAGGGGAAAGAGGACGAGUUGGAGACGGUCAGAGUUUCGCAUUAAUUUUGCUUAUUCCUGUCCGCGAGGGUGCGGAGGAGCGGCGAAAACCAUGGCAGAUGUUAUGCAACCCUUCGAUGUCGGCCUUCACGAUGCUAAUGUGGCUGGUCCGCUGCCAUUGCAAAUAUCCAAUGCAACGCAGCAAGCCUACAUUUCCGAGCUUCUUUCGUUUAACUUGGAACGACUGCACAAGGAACCUGAGCUUUUAAGAGUAGAUGGAGAUCGAAUCCGACGGCAGAUGCAAGAAGUUGCAGUUGGCCACUACAGAGCAUUUAUUACUGCGGCAGAUGCUGUUCAGAAUAUAACGCAUGAGAUUACAUCGGUGGAUGGGCAUUUGAAGACUUUGAUUGCAGAAAUUCCGAAUCUCAUCAUCGGCUGCAAUGACUUCAUGGACGAUGCACAGAAGAUUUUAGAGAAGCGACAGCUGAAUCGAACUCUGCUGGCUAACCAUAGUUCGCUUCUGGAUUUGCUGGAGAUACCACAACUUAUGGACACAUGUGUGCGAAACGGCAAUUAUGACGAAGCUCUAGAUCUCGAAGCUUUUGUCACGAAAUUGGCUACGAUGCAUUCAAGACUUCCUGUGAUCCAAUCGUUAGAUGCAGACGUGAGGCAGACAACUCAAACAUUACUUGCCCAGAUUCUACAACGACUGCGAUCGAACAUUCCGUUGCCAGAAUGCCUGAGAGUGAUUGGUUAUUUGCGGCGAUUGGCUGUGUUUAAUGAGCAUGAAAUUCGACUCCAGUUUCUGAGGUGCAGAGAAGCUUGGCUGGUGGGUAUAAUCGAUGAUCUAGACCAAAGCAACCCGUAUGAGUAUUUGAAGAGAAUGGCGGAUUGUCAUCGCGUGCACUUGUUUGAUGUAGUCAUGCAGUAUCGCGCUAUUUUUUCUGACGACACUUCUGGUCAUGAAGAAAACACUGAUGGAGGCCUUCUGUACAGUUGGGCAAUGCAUCGUAUAUCGUCACACCUCAAUGUGCUUCGUGAUGUCCUUCCUCAAAUCAAUGAGGGCCCAAAUUUGGCUAUUAUCUUAGAUCAGUGUAUGUACUGUGGGAUGAGCCUCGGGCGCGUAGGGCUCGACUUCAGAGGCCUGCUUCCUCCACUGUUUGAGAGCUCUGUUCACAACUUAUUCGUGCGGAACAUGUCUGUCACAGUGGAUAAUUUUCAGCAUGUUCUAGAUUCGCAUCGUUGGGUUCCCCUUCCUCGUGUGACGCUCGGAAGAGCGAGUAGUCUGGAUCAUUCUCCCGAUGAUGUGGCUCCUCCCUAUUCAAUAAUGGAGCAUCCUCCACUAGCUGCUUUUGUCAAUGGUGUUUUAGCUGCACUGAAUGAAUUGAGGCAUUGCGCUCCAAUCAAUUUGAAAGCCACUUUGGCUUUGGAGCUCCAAUGUGCUCUGCAGAGCGUGUCUAACUCUCUCUUACGUUACAAUGCAACCCGCAUCGUGAAGGCCAGUGAGAAAACAUUGUUUCUGACUAUGUGCCGAGCCUUUAUAGAGGUGGUUUGCCCAUAUUGCACUCUCUGCUUUGGCAAGUGCUACUCAGGGGGCUCUGUACUGAUUCAGACAAAUAUAGUGCUGGAAGGAGUUCGAAAGCUAGUGUCUACGUAUUCAUACUCGAAGGACAUUAGAAAUGAGAAUCAAAUGGGUUCCUUCGACCUAGAUUCUUUGCGGCAAAACCUACCAUCUUCAGGGUCGUCUGGGGAAGCUGCCAAUGGAGGAAUUCAACACGCGAAUGCGAACGGCAAUGACAAUCACAUUGACAAUGGGCAUGUAGGUACAGUAUUGGAGGACGGCGUGGUUGCUCACAAAUCUGCAGUUGAUGAGGCAGCGGAGGAACAGAUUUCCGACUCAAAUUGCCCCACUGACGUUCAAGUGUUAGAACCAUAGUGCUUCUCGUGUAAUAUGCACCGGCUUGUGCACCAAGAAGGAAGCAACUAGUCUCGUAGUUUCAUCAGUUGUAAUUAGGCUCCUAUAAAGCAUGGAUUGCUCAUUUCGCAUCGUUCAACUCACAGUGCUCCGUGUACGUCAUUUUGGGCGAAUUCUCAUUA